AUGGACGGAUGGGAAACGCGCAGGAAGCGAACCCCUGGGCAUGACUGGUGUAUUAUUAAGCUGGGAGGGGGGGCAGACAUCUCUCACGUCGAGAUCGAUACAGCUUUCUUCUCUGGCAACUAUGCCCCCAGGGCUUCUCUCCAGGGCGCGUGGAUCGAGGACGACACCUCCCUCCCUCAGCCCAGCGAUUUCAACAACGAAAUAGGGACAAUUGCCAACAAGGACGCCUAUGCGAAAGCAGAAGCUUAUAAUAGCGAUACUUGGGAACACUUGAUUGAACGCACACCUAUGGGUGCUGGCUAUCCCGAGACUAGCCGCAACUACUUCACACUCGCCGGUCAGCGUGCCUGCACACACGUCAG